AUGACUGCAAUAUGCGAUGCCUUCGCUCACGGAGCUAACAACGUGGCCAACGCCACGGGGCCCUUUGAAAUCAUCUUGGCGGUAUAUAUCGAUGGGGAAGUUCGGAUGAAGGGAAGCCUCUGGAAGCUGGGAUACCUGACCCUUGCUCUCGGAGGCUUCGGCAUCGUAGCCGGGUUGUCGCUGUACGGGCACAAAAUCGUCACGGCAAUCAGCGUGAAGAUCUCUAAGAUCACACCGUCCCGCGGCUUCAGCAUAGAGAUCGGGGCGGCCCUGGUCAUGAUCACUGGCACAAUGCUGGGGGUUCCGCUGUCCUCUACGCACUGCCAGGUCGGCGCCACCUCGGGAAUCGCCCUGCUGGAGGGUCUUGGCGGGCUCAACACUAGGAUGGUACUCAAGAUCAUGGCCGGAUGGGCCGUCACGACCGCCAUCUGCGGGGUGUCCUGCGCCCUGCUCUUUGCCCAGGGGGUGUACGCCCCCUUCGUUUUCGACACGGAAGAAUGA